UGUGAGUGUGCGCGUUCUGAGCGUGCGUGUGUGUGUGUGUAUGUGUGUGUGUGUGUGUGUGUGGUGUAUGUUUGUGUCGCGGCGGUCCCGCAGGUCCCGGAUGUUGCGGACAGUAUGAGGCGAGCGCAGGGGGACGGGGACCAGCAGCUGUCGCCGCCGCUCUCAGAGGUUUCCUGUUAAGAGAAGACAAAUUAGAGUUUUCCUACUGACUUGAUUUUGGAGUGAAAUUCGUCAGACUCGUGCUCUCCUAGUCCAUCUCCCUUGCAGCAGGUUGUAUGGCUAGAGCUUCUCCGAGCAGGACACGAAGUCUCUAGUUCUGCUGCUGCUGGGCUGGAAGACAGGUGAAUCAGGAACAGUGACCUUUGUCUCCUGACUUUGGACAUUUGGUUUAACCUUCAAACUGGCGAUGUCAAGGGUUCCAAGUCCUCCACCUCCGGCAGAAAUGUCGAGUGGCCCUGUAGCUGAGAGCUGGUGCUACACACAGAUCAAGGUAGUGAAAUUCUCCUACAUGUGGACCAUCAAUAACUUUAGCUUUUGCCGGGAGGAAAUGGGUGAAGUCAUUAAAAGUUCAACCUUUUCAUCAGGAGCCAAUGAUAAACUGAAAUGGUGUUUGCGAGUCAACCCAAAAGGGCUAGAUGAAGAAAGCAAAGAUUACCUAUCACUUUACCUUUUACUGGUCAGCUGUCCAAAGAGUGAAGUUCGGGCAAAAUUCAAGUUCUCCAUCCUGAAUGCCAAGGGAGAAGAAACCAAAGCUAUGGAGAGUCAACGAGCAUAUAGGUUUGUACAAGGCAAAGACUGGGGUUUCAAAAAAUUCAUCCGCAGAGAUUUCCUUCUUGAUGAAGCCAAUGGGCUCCUUCCUGACGACAAGCUUACCCUCUUCUGUGAGGUGAGUGUCGUACAGGACUCUGUCAACAUUUCUGGCCAGAACACCAUGAAUAUGGUAAAGGUUCCUGAGUGCCGACUGGCAGAUGAGUUAGGAGGACUGUGGGAGAAUUCCCGAUUCACAGAUUGCUGCUUGUGUGUGGCUGGCCAGGAAUUCCAGGCUCACAAAGCUAUCUUAGCAGCUCGUUCACCGGUUUUUAGUGCCAUGUUUGAACAUGAAAUGGAGGAGAGCAAAAAGAAUCGAGUUGAAAUCAAUGAUGUGGAGCCUGAAGUUUUUAAGGAAAUGAUGUGCUUCAUAUACACAGGGAAGGCGCCGAACCUUGACAAAAUGGCCGAUGAUCUGCUGGCAGCUGCUGAUAAGUAUGCCCUGGAGCGUUUAAAGGUUAUGUGUGAAGAUGCCCUCUGCAGCAACCUGUCCGUGGAGAAUGCCGCUGAAAUUCUCAUCCUGGCUGACCUCCACAGCGCAGAUCAGUUGAAAACUCAGGCCGUGGAUUUCAUCAACUAUCAUGCUUCCGAUGUCUUGGAGACAUCCGGGUGGAAGUCCAUGGUGGUGUCACAUCCCCAUUUGGUGGCUGAGGCGUACCGCUCCCUGGCAUCAGCACAGUGCCCGUUCCUGGGCCCCCCACGCAAGCGUCUGAAGCAGUCCUAAGGCACCGGUUGGAAGACUCCGUUCAUUUCCCAGAAGCAGCAGCCCGGUUGCUGCCACUGACCACCAGUAGACAGCGCAGUCUGUGGAGCUUGUACUCUGUUGGGGGAAAGACCGCGUCGCGGCCCCAGACUUUGAAACAGCACUAAAUAACUUGGGGAAACGGGGGGAGGGGAGGGCCCACGACUCGGGGCUGUUCGACCUAAUGAAAACCCUGUUGCUGCGUCACUGUGUUCCCUUUGGCCCGGCUGAGUUGGACACUGGGGACCGAGUUUAGGCACUGGCUCUGAGGAUGUCCUAGUGGUGGUUCCUCAGAGAAACCAACCUGCAUCUGACCGAGCAGAGCACAUCGCCAGGAGCCUGGAGCAAAAAACAAACAAAAAAAAACAAACCACGGACAUUGCAUUUUAAGAGAGGGAAAAGGAGAGAAGAAAGCAUUUUGCAGAAAUUUUUCAAAAACCAAUUUGUGGAUUCCCAUAGUAUUUAUGUUGAGGGCAGCAAACUUUAGUCCUUCCGACUGACUGUGCUGAAGCUUGGGUGUUGGUGAAAACUCACCGCAGUACAAGCCACAAGAGCUCUCCUGUGGGUAGCACUUAGCAUUUGCAAGAACACAGUAAGGCCUUUUUGUCCUUUGAUGAGAAAUGGCACGGGAAGGCGAGAGGAGGAAGAGGAGGUGAUCUGAUCUGGAAGAUGAGUUUCCCCGAUGUGGUGGCUUUUGUGAAAAUUUUCAUUGGUGUUGAAACCUGGAAAAAAAUCAUCCAGAAUUCAUACUGUCUUGACCAGAACCACGGUUCUCUGUUUUUAGAUAUUGUGGAAAAUGUUUUUUUGGCAUUUUUCUCUAAUUUUAUUUCUCUUCCCUCUCCUCCCCUUUUUUUCUAAAAAAAAAAAAAAAUUAAAAAUAAAAACACGGAAAACACACAAAGCAGAAACAGAUCAACAGAAGAGAAAAGGACAUUUUAUUACUGAUGCUGUGUGACCCCUCCUAGCCCUGAUUGCUCAGCUGUCUAUUCCUGACUUGCCGCCUGCGUAGGAGCCAUCCUGUUCCUUCUAAUUUGCCCCUCUUCCUACAGGGGAGAACUUCCAAAUGUUAAUUUUUUUUUCUUUUUAAAAAAUAAAUAAAUACUAUUUUGUACUGUG